AUGAGAGAAGAGAUGUCCUGCACUAACUCCCCUGAAGGAGGUCUGGGAGCCAGCGAGGAAGAACUAGAACGAGGCUCCAAGAAGAGUCACCAGUCAGGUCAUCGAAAACGAUCCCCUCAUCCUAAGAAAGAUAGUCUGACGGAGGAUAACGCCGCAGGAAGUCCUACCGGCCUCCUGCCGUGCGGGCCCAAGAGGGUGAAGAAGAGCCCCUCGGCCGCGGUGAGCCUGGCUCCCGCCUCGCUGGGCCCACGGCCCGAUCAGCCUUUCGAGGACCUCCACUCCCAGCGGGUGAUCGCCAACGUGCGGGAGCGCCAGCGCACGCAGUCCCUCAACGACGCCUUCGCCUCGCUACGCAAGAUCAUUCCGACGCUCCCUUCGGACAAGCUGAGCAAGAUCCAGAUCCUGAAACUGGCAUCGCGAUACAUUGACUUCCUCUACCAGGUGCUGCAAAGCGACGAGAUGGACGCUAAGCUGGCCAGCUGCAACUACCUGGCCCACGAGAGGCUCAGCUACGCCUUCUCUGUCUGGAGGAUGGAAGGAGCCUGGGCCAUGUCUGCCAGUCACUAG